UUGUGGCAGCCUCUUUGCUGCUCCAUCGAACGAUCGCGCCUGCGUCAUCGUUCAUGGACCUAGGUGAAUGGCUUUGCCACAUCGGCCCGGCGAAUCAAACGCAUCUCUCGGCUCUGUACGUUAGUCACGACAACCCGGCACCUGGAACAGGCCGCUCGUGAGCCACACCUCACACCGAUGACUACAGGUUAAGAGUUGCAUCCAAUACUACGUCGAGCUCGCUUUUAGCUCCGAGACAAGGAGGUUUACUCUGGCAUUGAUCUGCGCGAGCCGACGUCAGAUAUGGAUUUCGACAUGGAUCAACACGUCGCUGACAACACCAACGACACGCUCGCCUCCGUGUGCGUGGCCGCCCGCUGCAUCACUGAAGACACCAUACUCUGCGACCGCGACACCGAGAUCUGCCCCUCUUGCCUCUACGCGCUUCCUAACUCGGACAUUAUUGUCUGCGCCAACACAACCACCGACGGCGUUUGCGAACGAGGCACUCGAUGCUCCCCAGUGCCGACACCGACGACGCGGCUGUUAACGACGGCACCGGCGCCGGUGCCACAAGCUGACGACAUCGUAUUGUCCACCGAGGCUGUCAUUGGCCUCAUCGCCGCCAUCGUUGUCCUCGUUCUCGCCGUUGGCUGCCUCCUCGUGUACCGACGCCGACACAAGACUGCGUCUCCGACAACGGAUGCGCACCGGGAGCCGUCCGUGCACAUGUCGCCGUGCCCGUGCUCCGCAUACCAUGCGAGCCCGGCGUACGACCCUCCCCGCGCGGCCACGGCCACGCAAUUUGAAAGCAGCAAUACGUCGUCGAUUGCGUCGUCUGGUUCGCAUCGGCCCGGUGGGGGCCCCUACUACGCCAACGCGAGCCCGGCGCGCUGCAAUGACGACAUGAUCCAUCUCCAGUCGCGGGCCGUCGUAUACCCCGCCCCGUACGGCCCACAGCGCUAUUUCGACGGUAGUGGGGCCUUAAGUGACGCACAAAGCGCCUUUGACGAUGUCGUGAUGCUUCGGGCGCAACCAUGCCAGCGACGAUGACACCCUCCAUCUCAAUUGGCUAAACCGACUGUAGUCAACAAGAGAAGCGUCAGCUUCAGAAUCUUUUGUUCAGUGUUACAGCUUUAGUGAGCACUAUUGUCGUUGUAAUUCAAUCGCGG